UCCCCUCACACCGAUUAUUUGCAAACGUUCAUCUACACCAGUGUUCACACAACUAGUGGUUCACUAUGAGGGAACUUGGCAUUAUUUUGUUCAUUUUUGCUCUGAACCACAACAUUCAGGCCCAAACUCAGAAACCAGAGGCCUGCAGUCUGAAAUCAGAUGAAGGAACGGGUGAAUCUGAUGUUGUGGUUUAUAUGUACUACGAUGAAGAAAAAGACAGUUGUUUUCCAUUCCGGUACAAAGGGCAGGGUGGAAAUGCAAACCGUUUCAUUACAGAGAGGCAGUGCAUGAGAAACUGUUCUCACAGAGCUGAAGAGCUGUUCCCAAGAGACGAACGCAAAGCUUGCAAGCUUCCAAAAGAAGCAGGGCAAUGUUUCGGUCACUAUCUGCGGUAUUACUACAGUCCUGACCAUCACACAUGCACUUCUUUCUACUGGACCGGAUGUGUGGGAAACGGAAACCGAUUCCUCACUGCUGACUGGUGCAAUGCCACGUGUUUCAAUGCAGCAGAUGUAGGCCAUGAGGACCAUUCAGGUGAAUCAGAUGUACCAGUUGGAAUUAUCCUGGGCGUUGUGUUUGGUCUUAUUGGUGCCAUUAUUCUCAUUGUGGUGAUUGUCUUUGCUUUCAAGAAGCCUAGCUCGAAGAAACGUCAGAAGAAAGAUGGGAAGUCAGCAGAGCAGCCGCUGAAAGUGCAGGCCAUUGAGAUGGAAGGAGGAGAAGAAGCACAGCCAGCCACGCUUGAAAUCUCUACAAUCCAAACUUGAAAUCUCCGAACUUACAUUUUAAAUCACAAAUGUACAUUGAAACUUUUGCCCAUUUUUUUUU